GUUGGUUGCUUUAUGUUACUAACCUUUUGCAUUUGGCAUGGGAGUACUAGGUGAGCCCCUUCCUGCUGUGUAAGUAGGUUUGUUUGUGGAUGAUAUAUUUGUUGAGCGCUUUACAUGCUUUAUUUGAUUGCUGUGGGAUAUAUGUUGCUAUUUUGUUGCCAUUGUGCAGGUUAUUGGAGUGUCAUGCCCUUUGCACACACUCACCUUCAUUUUGCAUUAGGUCCGUGUCGGAGGUGAACCCGACCUUUAGUCUGGAAUCCUUACGAAUCUGGCUUGGAAGAGCAAUUCUUCCCGCUUUGAGGAGUAAGAUCAGUUCUCGUUAGGUUGUUUCCAUUGGUUAAUACGACACUUGAUGAUAUAAUAUCAUUCUGUGUAUUAGCUUUUGGAAAUAUCUCCCGUUGAUUCCAAAAGGAUAAAUGGUUGAGAAGGCCUAAUGCCCUUUAGGAAAACAUGUAUUGGCUUUAAAGAGAUACCAACCCUAGGACAUGUUUCCUUAGCAUCCCACCCGUGAGGUAAAAAGGUCUUCUAAUCAUAGCUCCAAGGCGAAAGUUCUUCAAAAAGCGACAUUCUCCAUAUUUGCUCAGAUCUAGAGUAAUCAAAAUGUCUGAGGAAAAUGCUGUUACUAAUCCAGAGAAAUCAGCCGUGGAUGAGAGGGUUGAUAAGUUGGAAGCUACAAUGCAAACUAUGGCUGCUACUCUUCAGACUAUCAGUCUCACUUUGUCCACUCUGGCUACUGGUUCGGUUCCUUCACCUCCAUCCUUAGUGCCCACAACACCAGCUCCACCCAUCCUUAUUCCAUCAUCUACCAUAUCACCGGGUAAUCGUGCUAAAGAUCCCAUGGUCACACAAUUGCAAUUUCCAUCUAUCUAUGAGAAUCAACCUUUAAUGGGGGAGUCAUCUUCACAUGUGCCACAAAUCCCAUCUCUGUCACACCCGCCACUUGAGGUGAAUGACCCUACCUUGCCUGCAACCACACCUUUUGCUCUUAACAUACCACCUUCGAUGGGACAAGUACCAACUUUUCAGCCUACUCCUUCAAUUGAGAUAUUCAGGCCUACUUUGGAGAUUGGGAAAUCAAAGGAGGUCGAUCACAAGCUACAACAAUUAGAAGAGGCUUUGAAGGCUAUGCAAGGGCCACAAGCUUAUGGUUCCAUUGAUUUGGAUGAUCUUUGCUACUAUCCGGGAAUUCAGACAAAUUUCAAGUUCAAGCAGCCGGAUUUUGACAAGUAUGAUGGCUCAGGUUGUCCUUAUGCCCACCUGCAGAUGUAUGCCAGAAAGAUGGCACCUUAUGCUAAUGAUGAGAGGGUACUCAUUCAUUAUUUUCAAGAUAGUCUCUCAGGCCCAGCAAGUGUUUGGUUUUCAACUCUUGACAAGAAGAAGAUUCGUACUUUCAAGGAUGUGUCUCAAGCUUUCAUGAGGCAGUAUGAGUAUAAUAUGAGUUUGGCCCCUACAAGGGAUAGCUUACAGAGAAUUACCAAGAAGAGUAAUGAGACCUUCAAGGAAUUUGCUCAACGGUGGAGAUCCGAAGCAGCUAAGGUCAUUCCACCUCUCACCGACAGUGAAAUCUGCUCUCUCUUUAUCAAGUCGACUACCGGGACCUUCCGUGCAUGGUUAGCUCCUUGUGUGGGAUAUACUUUUGCUCAGCUAGUGACAGCGGGUGAACAAAUUGAAGAUGGACUUAAGACAGGUAUAAUUAUGGACUUUCAAGCCAUCCAGAAACAGUUAGAACAAGUCAAAAUGGGUAAUGUCGGAUCAACUUCAAAGAAGUUUACACCCGGAGGAAGAAAAGAGGAUGAAGAAGCUCUGAGUCAUAUUUCCACUUGUCAUGCAAAACCAGUUUAUAAUGUGGCAAAGAUUCCUCAUGAUCGGCAGCCUCAAUUGCAAUACACUCCAGCCUUUAAGCCGACCCCCUACUCUCAAAGGAGGCCAAACUUUAAUGCUCAUGCUCCAGUUAGGCAACAAUUUCUAUUGACUAAUAGGCCAAGGCAAUUCACCAAGCUUCCAAUCCCUUACAGUGAGGUGUUGAAACAAUUGGUGGCAGUGGGUUUGGUGGAGACAUUGCAAACGUACCCUAUUCGACCACCUUAUCCGCAUUGGUAUGAUCUACAAGCUAAAUGUGAAUAUCACAAUGUAGUGGGUCAUAGUACUGAACAUUGUACAGCUUUGAAGCAUAAAAUUCAAGAUCUCAUCGAUGAGGGUAAACUUCAGCUUGAUGCUAAGGAUGCUCCAAACAUCACCCAAAAUCCUUUACCUUCGCAUGAUGCAGACACAAUGAAUAUGGUCACCUUUGAUGAGGUUGAAAAGCCGGUGUUGGAGAAUGUCGGUUCUUGGUCUCUUGAUGAAUUGUUUGCCAUCUUGAUAGAAUAUGAUUUGAUUCAGCCAAUUGCGCAAAUGAGCUUGAAUGUUUCACCCAUAAUGAUUGAUGACGCCUUGGUGUGUCCCUACCACUCCAAUAUGAAGGGGCAUGCUUUGCGAGAUUGUGAAGAUUUUCAAAAAAAGGUUAAGGAGUUGCAAGCAAUGGGAUCUUUGAAGUUUAUGUCUGCUCAAGAGUCAGAAAAAUGCAUAGCACAGUUUAAGGAAGUGGCUGUGGAUGAUAGCACUGAUGAAAUCUGUUCCGAUGAUGAGGAAGACUAUUUUGGCCUCAACAACCUUUUUGGGUCAGCUAACAUGACAGAUCCUAAGGAAAGGUGGAGGAGGAUGCUUGCUGAAAGGGCAUUUAUGGAAAAGCACCCCAACUUCCAACUCAUUCAUCAUGCAAAAGCUCCAAUGGAUCCACACGAGUCUGUGCUCCUUGAAACAGUGAAAGAAGAAUCACUAUGUGACUCAUGGGGAAAUUUGACUAUAAAUGCUCUAGAUGAGGAAGGACUGGAAUUUGAUAGGGGAAUUUCUCUGGUCAAUGGAAGCUCUCAAGCUAAUUGGGCAGCGGAACUUCUCCCUCAACGAAUGGCAGCAACUUACAACAAGAAGGUCAGACCUAGAGUAUUCCAUCAAGGAGAUCCUGUCUUAAGGAAGAUCAUGCCAAAUGAAAGGGACCCUAGGGGCAAAUUUGCAUCAAACUAUGAAGGGCCCUAUGUUGUUAAAGAAGCUUUCUUCGGAGGAGCACUCUUGUUGAAAUAUCCAGAUGUAACUGAUUAUCAUCACCCAGUGAAUGCUGAUGCUGUCAAAAUGUUUCCUUGACUUAGAAAGUUGGAAAUCUAAUGAUGAAAGGCAUUGUUUCUUUACCUUAAACAGUUGAACAUUGCCCUUUGCUUACCCCUUUUGAGCCAGAAAAAG